GGUCAGGUACGAGGAAAGAAAAAAUAAAAAGCAAAUAAAAAUAAAAUAUGGAUGUUUGUGGACUCGGGAUCUUAUGCUGUUUAAGACGUUAUCAAAAGCCAAGAAACGACAAAGAUGUCAAUGAGAUCCAAGUGCAGCUAGAUACGACUCAAAUGGGGCAUGAAGUUGUGAUUGUUAAGUCAGGGAGAAGGAUAUGUGGAUCAGGAGCUGCUCUAGCUAAUGCUCCGUUAUUACAGAAUAAGUGUUAUUUUGAAGCUAAGAUACAAAGCGGAGGUGUUUGGGGAAUCGGCAUAGCAACCAAAAAGUGUGACCUUAACAAGAUUCCCCUUGGUAACAGUCCUGAUAGUUGGGUACUAAGAUCAGAUGGGACAGUAGCACACAAUAGCAUAAUACACCACAAACUAACUACAAUACCAGAAGAAGGAGAUAUAAUCGCUUGUACAUUUGAUCACGUAGAAGCAAAUUUUUAUCAUAAUGGAAAACAUCUUCAUAGUCCACUAACAGGAUUCAGAGAGACUGUUUAUCCAAUUAUAUAUGUUGAUGAUGGUACAAUAGUCGACGUUAAUUUUAAAGACUUUGUCUUUGAGCCACCAAGCGGGUUUACAGGGAUAAUGUUUGAAAAGUCUCUACUUUAACUCUUAAUUAAGUACUAGGUCUUUUGAUAUCAUGUACAGUAAUUAUGAAUUAUUAUUAGCAAUUAUUUCCACAGUCCACAUGGGCCAUUAAGUAGAUGAAUAAACCCAUCUAGACAAGUGGAUUGAAAUGUCUUAUCCAAUCAUUCCUUUCCAGGCUUACAGGAGUUAAAAUGAUGGCCUGUCUUCAACAAUGUCUGGCUAGAAUCAGAACUUGUCUGGUCAAAUCUUUGCCUUGCUUGUCACUUGGCUAGCAAUAUUAAGCCAGAAAUGAGUUAUGACCGAGCUAAUACGAAUUUGGCCAGUGAUUAUGACCUACUUUAGGUCCUGCUUUGAGUAUUAUUACUUUGUUUACCCCAGUCUAGUGCUUGAAAAGAUAACUUAAUAUUGAUAAGACUCAAGGAACGAAYCUAGUUCUAAGAGAAUGACACCUGGUCGGAAAUGGGAAAAUACUGCACCUAAGUGAACUGUGUCUGUCGUUUCAGACAUCUACUAAAACUUUGCAAAAUGCUACACAAACCUUCCGUUAAAUUAUUAGUUUUUCUUUACAAAGCUAUCACUAAUAGAGCCAAAUAUAACAUAGGAUUCGAGAGAUAAGAAUGCAAGAAUCUAGUGUGCAGUCAAAGUUAGAAAAGAGAACGAAGAAAAAGUGGUUUAUUAAAUUWAUUAAGUUUUGAUUAUAGAGCACAUUUUCGCAUUCAUAUUUUGUAUGUUUUUAAAUAAAAUUUAUUACUUGAAUAUGAAUAUUAUAAACAAAUGUGAUUAAGGUGCGGUAAUACGGGCAACAAGAUCACCCAUCAGUUGCGUUGCAGGUUGCAGAACAGCAAGUUGCUAUGGCUUCCUUUCCGUGUGCAACAAAUUUUCAUUAAUGCAAAGAGAAGAGUUUACUUCAAGGGCAACAACUUGCGCUCAUGCAGAGUGGUCAGUCUGCAACCUGCAACUCAACUUUGGGUGAUGUUGUUGCCUGUAUCACCGCACCUUUUGUUAUACAACACACAGGAUUGUGGGAGGAGUUAAAGUAUAUAAGGAGGGAGUAUAUUUAUGAUGAAAUAAAAUAAAGCACAUACUUUGUUUUCA